UCCUCGCACUCCUAUGCGCCUGCGUAGUGUAGGCCGCAGGCGGAGGCGAUGAGAGUGUUUCUGCGGCGCUGCUGGGGGACCCUGCCUGUCGGUGGCUGCGCAGGCCGAAGGCAGAUCCCGCAGUGGCCAGCGCUGGCCGGGCUAAGUGGGUCCCCUGGCGGGGAGGACGGAUGGGGCGCCCGGGUCCGCGAGAAGCCGCCCUGGCGGGUGCUUUUCUUCGGCACUGACCAGUUCGCCCGGGAAACGCUGCGGGCGCUGCACGCCGCCAGGGAAAACAAGGAGGAGGAGUUAAUUGAAAAGUUGGAGGUGGUCACAGUGCCCUCCCCAUCACCGAAAGGACUGCCAGUGAAGCAAUUUGCUGUCCAGUCUCAGCUUCCAGUGUAUGAGUGGCCAGAUGUGGGAUCUGGAGAAUAUGAUGUUGGAGUGGUGGCUUCAUUUGGCCGACUUUUGAGUGAGGCUCUUAUUCUUAAAUUUCCCUACGGCAUAUUGAAUGUCCAUCCCAGUUGCCUCCCAAGAUGGCGUGGUCCAGCCCCUAUAAUCCAUACUGUUCUUCAUGGAGACACAAUUACUGGAGUCACGAUUAUGCAAAUUAGACCUAAAAGAUUUGAUGUAGGCCCAAUUCUGAAACAGGAAAUGAUUCCUGUGCCGCCAAAAACCACCUCGAAGGAAUUGGAAGCAGUGCUGUCAAGACUGGGUGCUGACAUGCUUAUUUCAGUUUUGAAGAAUUUACCUGAAAGUUUGAACAGUGGAAGACAGCAGCCAGCAGAAGGGGUGACACAUGCCCCUAAGAUUUCUGCUGCUACCAGCUGUGUCAAAUGGGAGGAACAAACUUCAGAGCAAAUAUUCAGACUUUAUCGUGCCAUUGGAAAUAUAAUCCCUUUGCAGACCCUCUGGAUGAAUAAUACCAUUAAACUUCUGGAUUUGGUGGAAGUUAAUAGUUUACUUCUCACUGAUUCAAAAUUAACAGAGCAGGCUGUUAUUCCAGGAUCAGUAAUAUACCACAAAAAGUCACAAAUACUGCUGGUUUGUUGUAAGGAUGGCUGGAUUGGUGUUCGAUCAGUAAUGCUCAAGAAAACACUGACAGCUACUGAUUUCUACAAUGGAUAUUUGCACCACUGGUACCAGAAAAAUUCCCCAGUUCAACCAAGCCAGUGCAGAUUUCAGACUCUCAAACUUCCACCGAAGAAGAGGCAGAAGAAAAAAAUUAUUGCAGUGCAAUAGUACAUUAAGUAGUUAGGAAGAAGAUGGACAAGAACCAACUACAUACUUGUAAUUUGUUAAAAGCCUUAUUUACAAGGAAUUACAUUGACUUUCAAAGAAGAUGACACUGUUGGAAGGGAGGAUUAUUGUCAAGAUGAAUUACCUCACUUUUCACUUUUUGUUUAGCCAUAGUUAAAAAUAGCUUCUUCUAUUUGAAUAACAAAAGAUGUUUUAAAUUAAAUUUUUAUUUAUAAUAUCAAACACAUGCAGAUUGUAUCUUUCCCUAAGGGUGGGUACAAGUGGUAUAUGUAUAUAUUACUGAAGAUAAGUUCUUUCAAAAAGUACAUCUAUUAAAUUUUUGACAUAA